GGUUCAUAGUAAAUCAAAGUUAUAUUACAGCAGCUUGACUGGUUUAGAAAAUAAGUAUAUAUCGUAAUGAAAUGGAAAUUUAAAAUAGCCAAAUUAGUGGUUAUUGUCAUUACAUGCUUUUGCAUUGUGUACCUGGUCGGCGACCAAGACAAAAAUAUUCCUAUCAAUGAAUUUCAACAACAAAACAUACUGUCUCGGUCUACUGAAUCUAGUAUGCUGAAUCAGAUUGCUGUUACAUCGAACUUGGACUCAGAUGAUGUAAAAGGCGAAAAGAACCGCUUGAAGCCGGCUCACGAGCCGCAUGCGGCUCACGAGCCACGGGAUGGCCACCCCUGCUCUAGCCCAUGCCAAAAUCGAGGAAGAUGUCGAAUAUGGAAAGAGCGAUACACAUGCCACUGCGACGAAGGAUGGAUGGGAAGAGACUGCGAAGAAAGUAGAGUUGGACGAGAAGCAUAAAAAGAGGGAAGGUCUUUGGGCUUCAGUGGUGAACAGUCGCAGUACAGAGAACUUAAGUCGAAGAUUUCCGGAUGUAAUAGGAAUUGGUGUUGAGAAAUGCGGUACAGAUGCUGUGAUAUCAUUUCUUAAGCAUCAUCCUUUGGUCAAAGUUCCCGAACAAUAUAAGGAAACUCAAUUUUUCAAUGAAAAAUAUGAGAGAGGUCUAAAAUAUUAUCGAAGUUUGAUGCCGAAAGUAGCAAACGAUGAAAUCCUGAUGGAAAAAACUCCAGCUUACUUCAAUUUUCCACCUGCUGAUAUCCCAGAUAGAAUUAAAGCAGCUCUACCAGACGUUAAACUCAUUGCUGUUCUUUGUGAUCCGGUGAACAGAACGUUUUCAGACUAUGUGCACGAGAAAAUAAUUGGGGGAGUACAUGCAAAAACUUUAUACGGUGAUAUGGUAAGCAGUUACUUGGAUAAAUACAGGAGGAACUUGACAAAGAUAUUACAGAAGGCAGAUACUGAUGGAUACGAUUAUAUCGACAGUUUGCAUCAGAGGGAUAAACCUUCUCAUAUAUUCACAACAGGAAUAUAUUAUUACGCCUUACAGAGAUGGACGAAGCUAUUCGAUGCCAACAAAUUACAUAUCAUUUCCGGCGAAGAUUUGAUUUCUCAAACAGGCGUCGAAAUGGAAAAGUUACAAGAUUUUCUAGAAAUUCCAAAAUUGUUAUUAAAAGAGGAUUUUGUGCGAAAUAAAAACACUGGAUUCUUUUGUUUCAACCCAAAAUGGUCUAGUGAAGCUAAAAAAUCCAUGAAAAUGUAUCAUCACGAAAAAUGCCUCACAAAAAGCAAAGGUAGAACUCGAAACAAAGCGACGAACGUUAGUUCGGAAACUAUUAAAUCUCUUCAAGAUUUUUAUCGUCCUUUCAAUGAAAAACUUUUCAAGUUUUUGAAUAAGAAAAUGAACUGGCAAUGAAUUGAAUGAAAAUAUAAACCAUCAAUUUUAUUAAACCUUUGGAUUACUAUAUCCUUCUGGGACCAUCACUAACUUUUGUUAACAAUUAACGUGAUAGUAAAGCAUCAACUUGAGCAUCAAGUUUUUAUGUUUGUUUUACCACCCAUAACU